GCAAAGAUGUUCCGAUUCCUCCUUGUUGCUUCGGCUUUGAUUGCCUGCGCCUGUGCCGGACCGUUGGACGAUCUCCACGCAAUCGCCAAUGUCAGGAGCGAGGUCAAUCCUGAUGGUAGCUACGCCUACGCACUUGAUACCUCCAAUGGAAUCUCUGCUCAAGAACAGGGAGUUGGUGGUCAGGCUGCCAGCGGUAGAUACUCUUACACUUCACCUGAGGGCGUACCGAUCGAAAUUACAUACGUUGCCGAUGAGAAUGGUUACCAGCCACAGGGCGCUAUUUUGCCAACCCCACCACCAAUUCCAGCGGCUAUUCUGAGAUCAUUGGAAUACAUCCGCACCCACCCACAAUAUGAUGAGCGUCAAAAUAACGUCAAGAUUUUUAGGUCGAUAGGUUAA